CGUGAAGGGCUCACUCUUCCCUCCUACCGACUAUCUCUUUUUUUCUUUCAAUUUUCAAUUUCAAUUUCAAUUUCUCUCUCCUCCCACCUCAAGCUUCUGUCAAUACCUGGCCGAUUAUUCCUCUGGUAAUGCGCCACACGCCGGUGUCGCAACCACCACUCCACCACCUAGCCACUCAAUCUCUCUCCUCAUUUGACCACCACUCCACCACCCUCUAGCAACUCAUUCUCUCUCCUCAUUGACCACCAGUCCAAAUUACACUAAUUUCUCUUUACUAAACAUUUUCCCCCAAAUUCAUUUCUGCUGGAAAAAACUUGGAUCAUUUCUUCAGCAAAGUAGCUAUUACUUUGUAUAUAUUGCAGUAUUAAGGGGAAAGAGUACAUACAUUGCUGCUAAUUUAGGGAGAUCUGGAUGGGUAGGUCUGUAUGACGAACAUCAAGUGUUCAAUCAAAACGGAGCUUCAAGGUUUUCGAUAUCGGCGCCGUAGAUUUUCCUUUUCGCUUCGCCUUUAUGACGACCAAACGUGCUUAUAAGCUACAGGAAUUUGUAGCGCAUACAUCCGCUGUCAAUUGCCUGAAAAUUGGAAAGAAGUCAUCAAGGGUUUUAGUCACUGGAGGAGAAGACCACAAAGUCAAUCUUUGGGCCAUUGGCAAACCAAAUGCUAUUUUGAGUUUAUCGGGUCACUCAAGUGGGAUUGACUCAGUAGGUUUUGAUUCUUCAGAAGUUCUUGUUGCUGCUGGAGCAGCAAGUGGAACGAUCAAGCUUUGGGAUCUAGAAGAGGCAAAGAUUGUUCGAACACUUACGGGCCAUAGAUCCAAUUGUAUAUCUGUGGAUUUCCAUCCGUUUGGGGAGUUCUUUGCAUCUGGAUCUUUGGACACAAAUUUAAAGAUAUGGGAUAUUAGAAGAAAGGGUUGCAUUCACACUUACAAAGGCCACACUCGAGGGGUCAAUGCCAUCAGAUUUACGCCGGAUGGGCGUUGGGUUGUAUCUGGCGGUGAGGACAACACUGUCAAGCUAUGGGACCUGACAGCCGGCAAACUGUUGCAUGAUUUCAAGUCUCACGAGGGACAGAUUCAAUGCAUAGAUUUCCAUCCACAUGAGUUUCUUUUGGCAACAGGUUCUUCUGACAAAACAGUUAAAUUCUGGGACCUGGAGACUUUUGAGCUAAUUGGUUCAGCAGGACCUGAGACAUCUGGAGUGCGUUGUAUGGCCUUUAAUCCGGAUGGGAGGACCCUGCUCUGCGGAUUGCAUGAAAGCCUAAAGGUCUAUUCUUGGGAGCCUAUCCGUAGCCACGAUACUGUGGAUGUUGGAUGGUCUAAGUUGUCAGAUCUGAAUGUGCAUGAGGGAAAGCUUCUUGGCUGCUCUUAUAAUCAAAGCUGCGUUGGAGUUUGGGUAGUGGACAUCGCGCGGUUAGAGCCAUAUUCAGUUCGUACGCGUACCAAUGGGCAUUCUGAAUUGAAGUCUGCUUCAACUGGGAAUUUGUCAGUGCAAAAUGAAAACACUGUGAAGGUUGGAUCGGGCCGACUAUCAGCAUCACAUAAUUCAGAUGUGGUGGAAAAAGAAACAAAACCUUCAGGAAGGCUUUUGGUGCCAGCAAACUCAAAUCAAGCGAAUAAAGAUUCCAGAGUAUCUCCAAGUCCUGGUGGUAUUCCAGGGACCCCUCAGCGGAUCAAUCUGAGCACCAGUCCAAGGAACACGCUUCCAUCUACAGCAGUAGUUCAGAAAAGAAAUUCCUCAAAAGCCCAAUCAACGCCAAAUGCUUCUAUAAACAGUAAACCUGAUGUUGCACCCAUAAUUGUCCCAAGAGAUGAUAUAAGACAAGAGCAAGCUGAAUUCAAGAGAGAAAUGUUUUCCAGAAGAGCUAUUCCUCAUCCUUCGCAGUCGAAGCCUUCGGAGUCAAGAAGGUUUUCAAGCGCGAGGGAAGAAUGUGAUGGACCAAAUAUUACCGUCCAACCUGAAACCACGGCUGUUAAGGCACCAGAAAUGAGUGGAGUUGCAAACAGGAGUAUAUUACCUGCCGUCCGAAACCUUAAUAUUAGUCUUCCUGUUGCGGAAAGGAAUCUGAAAGAAGAUAGGUGUAUUGGCUCAAUGAAGCUUGAAUCUAAUUCCUCGUUGCCGUCUCCUGCCAGCUCCCCGCUUGACAACUAUGAAAUUCGAGUGCCUAAAAUAAGUAAAGAUGCCGGUUCCACUGAGAGUCAACGUGCUGGAAGAACCCGCUCAUUGGUUGCAAACUGGGAGAAUAGAGAUAGAUCUCCCCCGUCUGAAGAUUCUUCUACCAGCAGUUCUUCUGUUGCAAUGAGUGUCGUUGACUCGCACCCUAUUAAGAUGAAAUCUAAGCCCCGCGUAAAUUCUGUAUCUACUGAAAAAGACACGCCUUCAGUUGCAGAUGAUGAUAUUAUUUCCCAGAUUAUUGGAAGACAUGAUCAAUUUCUUGGUUUUAUGCAAUCACGUUUGAGUAAAUUACAGGCAGUGCGUAGAUUUUGGGAUCGCAAUGAUGUUAAAGGGGCAAUAGGUGCUAUGGAGAAGAUGGCUGAUCAUAAUGUCAUUGCUGAUGUAGUUAGCAUUUUGACAGAGAAAACUGACGUUGUUACACUGGAGAUUAGUACGUGCCUCUUCCCACUACUUGCAAGCCUUCUCGAAAGUGACAUGGAUAGACAUUUAGGAGUUUCACUUGAGAUGCUGGUAAAGUUGGUGAGAGUAUUUGGUUCAGUAAUCUAUUCAGCAGUGUCAGCAUCAUCUUCUGUGGGUGUAGAUAUUGAAGCAGAGCAAAGGUUGGAGCGUUGUAACCUUUGUUACAUUGAGCUUGAAAGGGUUAAGAUAUGCCUGCCAGCGCUUAUGAGAAGAGGGGGCUCAGUUGCGAAGAAUGCACAGGAGCUAAACCUAGCACUAAGUGCCACUUGUGAAUGAUGACAGACUACGUUGUUUGAUGGAAAUUAAUAUCUGUAUUUAUUUGAUGAGAUUGCUGCACCUGAUCCGUACCCCGCACAAGUCAAAACACAGUAAUGCAGCAUACAAGUUCAUAGGCUGUAUGGGCUUUGUGUGUUUAAUCACAUGCUAAUUGAAAGCAUUAACCAAUACUGUUUAUACUUGAUGGCAACUGAAGGCGAAAGGUGAACGCCUGCUUGUUUACCUCCACCUGCUAAAACUCACAAGGUAGUGCAGGAAGCCAGUGAUCCAUUAUGCCCUGUGGAGAAAGAUGUAUGCCAUAUUAUGUAACAAUUGGUUUAUUGAGUGAAGAGAUGUAUUGAUUUCUUUUGUUCAAUUGUGUCUGUUGUUUCUUUCACUCAAAGAAGAUAGUUUGGAUGGGCUUGUAUUGUAUGUCUCUGUUUUAAGUACGUCGUGGACAUCGGGCGAGGCUUCUUAUUAGUAGUAGUAGAUUUAUUCUUUCCUUGGGAGUUGUGGGUUAGCCUUAGUAUGGGGUAAUGGAAAUGAAUGGUGCUGCCUUAGAUUUUUUUUUUUUUAAAUGAUUUAUUGUAGUAGCAAGUAGAAAAUUUAACUCAUGUCAUUCCAUCUUGAAUAUGGGCUGUUUACACUUGACCAGUUUCUUGAAACUAUAGUAUUUUCUUGUA